AUGUUUUCAUAUCAGGGACAGUUGACCUUCAAGGAUGUGGCCAUCAGAUUCACUCCUGAGGAAUGGGAGUGCCUGAACCCUGUUCAGGGGGCCUUGUACAGGGAUGUGAUGAUGGAGACCCUCAAAAAUGUGCUUUCUGUGGGAUUUUCUAUUUCUGAUCUAAACAUCAUUUCCAUAGUGGAGCAAGAGAAAGAGCCUAGUACUGUGAUGAGUGGUGGUCCUCUGAGGCCAGCCAUUAUGGAUGAUUACAAUAACCACAGCAGUGAGAAGCAAGGCAAAGAAACCGUUCCAACUUGGAAUCACAGUUGGCUCUUCACGGCAACAGUUGUGGGAUCACACUGUGUUGGUGGAAAGGACCUAACCCCACUGGUGCCCGAGGAGGCACCUGCCUCUGAAACAGACAUCAACCUGGAGGUAUCAUUUGCAGAGCAAGCUGUCAGUCAGAAAGAGAGCUCCAGGGAGAAGAUCCAGAGGACCAAGGGUGACGAUGCCAUGUUACUGACUUACAGAGUGCCAAAGGACAAAACAGGCACCACCAGGAUUGGUGACCUGGUGCCCCAGGACAUGAAGAAAGUUUGCCAUUUAGCCCUAAUUGAGCUGACUGCCCUCUAUGAUGUCUUGGGUAUUGAACUGAAACAACAGAAAGCUGUGAAAAUCAAAACAAAAGAUUCUGGCCUUUUUUGUGUCCCAUUGUCAGUAUUGUUAGAACAAGAUCAGAAGAAAGUACCAGGAACUCGAAUACCCUUGAUAUUUCAAAAACUGAUUUCUCGCAUUGAAGAGGGAGGUUUGGAAACCGAAGGUCUCUUAAGAAUCCCUGGAGCUGCUGUUCGAAUCAAGAAUCUUUGCCAAGAACUAGAAGCUAAGUUCUAUGAAGGGACUUUUAAUUGGGAAAGUGUCAAACAGCAUGAUGCCACCAGCCUGCUGAAGCUCUUUAUCCGGGAGCUCCCCCAGCCGCUGCUCAGUGUAGAAUAUCUCAAAGCUUUCCAGGCUGUCCAGAAUCUUCCAACCAGGACGCAACAACUACAGGCUUUGAACCUUCUUGUCAUCCUCCUGCCCGAUGCAAACAGAGACACACUCAAGGCCCUGCUUGAAUUUCUCCAAAGAGUCGUAGACAAUAAAGAGAAAAAUAAGAUGACAGUCAUGAAUGUAGCAAUGGUCAUGGCCCCAAAUCUCUUCAUGUAUCACACAUUGGGUUUGAAGUCCGGCGAACAGAGAGAAUUUGUAAUGGCAGCUGGGAUAGCUAAUAUCAUGCACUUACUGAUUAAGUAUCAAAAACUCCUGUGGACAAUUCCAAAGUUUAUUGUCAACCAAGUGAGGAAGCAAAACACGGAAAAUCAUAGAAAAGAUAAAAAAGCUAUGAAGAAAUUGCUGAAGAAAAUGGCUUAUGAUCGAGAAAAAUAUGAAAAACAAGAUAAGAGUGCAAAUGAUGCUGACGUUCCUCAGGGAGUGAUUCGAGUACAAGCUCCCCAUCUCUCGAAAGUUUCCAUGGCAAUACAGCUAACUGAAGAACUCAAAGCCAGUGAUGUACUUGCCAGGUUUCUCAGCCAAGAAAGUGGAGUUGCCCAGACUCUCAAGAAUGGGGAAGUUUUUUUGUAUGAAAUUGGAGGAAAUAUUGGGGAACGCUUCCUCGAUGACGACACUUACAUGAAGGACUUAUAUCAACUCAACCCCAGGGCUGAGUGGGUUAUAAAGUCAAAGCCGUCAUAG